AACAAAAAAUCAGUUGCUUCCUUUUUUGCAGCUCUUUCUUUUAUGGAUAGAUUUUUUCUAUUCCACUCUGUUCAUCUCUCUCUCUGUUAAGGCCAUCACUAUCUCUUUCACCCACCGUUUCAUGACAACGAAGCUUCUACCGGCGAUCCCUAGAAGAACCCCUCUCCGCCACUUCCUCCUCCGUCCGAUUCUCAUUCUGCCCCAUCAUGGAGGUCCUCUUCCCUCCUCCCUCUUUCCUCAGAGAUCGGACCGCCACUUCUCCUCCUCCUCCUCCGCCGCCGCCGCUCGAGCAUCGCCUUGAUUUCAGAACUUUCGUUUCCGGUAAAGCUCCGGAGGAGGAUGAAAUCGAUUACCGUUCUGAUUCCUCUUCGUCGAUCGGAGUUCCUGAUGAUGAUAGCGACAACGAGAGCGUUUCAUCCACUGGAGGAGAUCGUGAGGAAGUUCGGAGUAAAUUAAAUGCAGGAUUCGUCUCUCUUGGAUCGUUGGAAGAGUCUCUUCCGAUUAAGAGAGGCUUAUCGAAUCAUUUUUCUGGAAAAUCGAAAUCGUUUGUGAACCUAGCAGAGGCGAAAUCAGUGAAAGAUAUUGAGAAACCUGAAAAUUCAUUCAAUAAGAGAAGACGAGUUCUGAUUGCGACGAAAUUGGCCAAGAAAUCGUCGUCGUUCUACACAUGGCCAAACCCUAAGUCGAUGCCUCUGUUAGCGCUGAGAGAAGAAUACGAUGACGACGAUGAAGAAGAAGAAGAAGAAGAAGAAGAAUCACGUGCUCCAUAUUCUUCCGAGGAAGACGAAGAACCGAAAGGAAAAAGAGUUACAGAUUUUCAUGAGAGGAAAUCGAUGAGCUUCAAGUCAAGAAGCUUUUCUAUGGCGGAUCUGCAACAGCAGCACCAUGGUCUUGAUUGACAACAGUAAUCCAUAGCCUUUACCCUUCUUUUUUCUUUUUUGUUUUUGGAUUAAAUAUAUUUGUUUCUUCUCCUUCUAUUUUCUUUUUCACUUUGAUUUUAUUUUCUCUUAAUAUGUGUGUACACACCUAUCCAUCGUAAAUAAAAUGUUUUUUUUUUAAUUGCAAA